AACAUAUUUCGAUGUUUUACGUUGCUUGUUGUUUCAAUUGUUUUUUUUUUUUUAGAUAUGAUGAUGAAAUAAAGUUGAUAAAAAGGCUAUAAAGUGUCUCGUAAGCAAUUUCAGUGUUUAAUAAACAAUACUGAUCCAAAUACUGACCCCUAGGGGACUCCAAAAAUGUCUAGUCUGUCCUCUAAAUGAGUGGAUUAACGAUGUACCUUUUGAUGAUGCAACCUUUACUGGUAGCGUAAGGGUUUUAUUUUGAAGUUCGCCACCGGAAGCUUUAGAAUUUUCAAUGAGUAGCUUCACAAAGUACGAGCGUGAUAGUUCCUAGUCCUUAUGAAAGUAAAGUGCGCUUCGCCCUUGUAAUCUGUCAGAGGAGCGGGCGUAUUGCAGUCAUCUUCGGAGCUGCAGCGGUGUUCAGCAGAUACAGUGUCCGGCUCAGAGAGUCACAGUCCUCAGGCGUCAGGAAGCGUUCAUCCCUCCUCCUGUGCACGGUCCCCGGCACCCUGGACCCGGGUUCUCCUUGAAUGACCUACACAGUACCCUAAAGAACACGCAGUGGUCCCAUUGGCACCCGGAGGACAGCAGCCGGUUCGGAGCGCACUGCUAUAAAACACAGCAGCUGACGGAGCCAAACAGAGCGAGUCCCAUGCAGGCUUCUGGCCGACCUCAGAGCGGCUGACCCCGGGCGACAAGCCGCAAAGCAGGACGCGCUGCGUCACGGGGAGCGAGCUGGAAGUUUACGGUGAAGAGUUUAAAGGUGGUCACCGGGGAAGAGGCACACACUUGAAGGGCUUAUUACUGCGUCCUGACAUCACAUGAUGUACACAAUCACCAGGGGUCCCAGCAAACUUGUUACACAAAGGAGGACAGGUCCCACCCAGCAGGUCGAGAGCAAGUUCAGCGACUUGAAGCUAAAGCCCACCUCUUGGCUCACCUCAAACUCUCCGCCUCCGAAGAUCGUCUUCAAUCGGCUCAACGGGAAGCGCCACAACGGGACGGCCACGCAGAAGAACCAGAGCCCGGCCGCAGAGGGAUUCACACCGGCGCACGAGGAGAACGUCAGAUUCGUCUACGAAGUAUGGCAGGAAGUGGAGCAGAAGCUGGAAGACCGAGGGGAGUCAGCUGACAGCAAGGGGCCGGUUCAGUACGCAGAGAAGACCCCCGGCACUGUGAUGAAGAACUUUGUGCCUAUAGACCUGGAGGAGUGGUGGGCUCAGCGCUUCCUCGCCAACAUCGCCAACCUGUCGUAACCGUACGAGAGCGUCCACCGAAAACGAAGCAAGCCCGCACCGGCACCGACCGCGAGGUGACCGGAGACGAGCCCUUCUCCCGGGGGGCCGCGGUGCUGUGUGUAUUUUUCGGAAUCUGAUUUUAAAGCCCCAGCUUUACGCUGCUGUAGAGAAAUCUGGGUGUGCAAUAUAAACUCGUCCCCUCCAGUCCCUGAGCGGAGCAGCGGCGACCUGAAUGUGGACUCUUGACAGAACUGACCUCAUGUUGUGCUGCAUUAAAGGACACCUCUCUCUACUUGAACAAUGUAUGAGAAGCUGUGGGAUUUUUCUCGUCUUUAAUUAGACACGCACAGCUCUGGGUACGUUUUGGGUGUUUGGAUGUUAAAGCUUGAGAAAGUAAAGGAAAAAAAAAAACAUUUUCAAAA